UGGACAUCGGGCAGUGUGAAUUGCCACAUUUCACACAGACUGAGAGCAGGUGGGCCAGAAGAUGAGCUCUGAGCCCUUGACUCGCUCCGAGGUGUGUGUCCAGCUCAGGAGGGAGCUCUAUGGAGAGGAGCGCUCCAGUCAGUCCAACGCGCACAUAUUCAUCCUCCUAGUCCUGGGAGCCUCUGGGGAUCUUGCUAAAAAGAAGAUCUAUCCAACUUUAUGGUGGUUAUUCAGAGAUGGCCUGCUCCCAGAUGACAUCUACUUUGUCGGCUUUGCCCGGUCCAAGCUGACGGUGCAGGACAAGACAGCAUGUCUGCCUCAUAUGAAGGUCACUGAUGAAGACACCGAGUGUCUCUCAGCCUUCUUCAGUAAGAACUCGUACCUCAGCGGCAGCUAUGACGACGACGGUUCUUUCACUCAACUUGACGCUCAUCUGUCGUCUCUGCCCAGGGGAGCUGAUGCCAACAGACUCUUUUACCUGGCCCUGCCCCCCACCGUCUACCAGCAUGUCAGCUCAAACAUCAACGCCCACUGCAUGAGCCACAGAGGCUGGAGCAGGGUGGUUGUUGAGAAGCCCUUCGGCCGUGACCUUCAGAGCUCAGAGGAGCUGUCGGCCCACCUGUCCUCCCUGUUCACAGAGGACCAGAUCUACCGCAUAGACCACUACCUGGGCAAAGAGAUGGUGCAGAACCUCAUGGUGCUCAGGUUUGGAAAUCGCAUCUUUGGACCCAUAUGGAACAGGAACAGUGUGGCCUGUGUGGUUCUCACCUUCAAAGAGCCUUUUGGCACUCAGGGCCGUGGAGGAUACUUUGAUGACUUUGGUGUCAUUCGAGAUGUCAUGCAGAACCACCUCCUCCAGAUGCUCUGUUUGGUUGCCAUGGAGAAACCUGCUUCUACCAGCCCAGACGACGUGAGGGAUGAGAAGGUGAAGGUGUUAAAGUGUAUAGCGCCUGUUGCUGGGUCAGAUGUGGGGGACCCUAAUGGGGAGGGCAACUCCAAGCUGGGUUACCUCGAUGACCCAACCAUACCAGAAGGCUCCUGCACACCGACCUUUGCCACGGUUGUGCUUUAUGUCCAGAAUGAAAGAUGGGAUGGAGUACCUUUCGUUCUCCGCUGCGGUAAAGCUUUGAAUGAACGGAAGGCAGAAGUGCGCCUGCAGUUCACUGAUGUACCAGGAGACAUUUUUGGUGAACGCUGUCAGAGGAACGAGCUGGUGGUGCGGGUGCAGCCCGACGAAGCCAUUUAUCUGAAGAUGAUGACCAAGAGGCCUGGGGUUUACUUCAGCCCCGAGGAGACGGAGCUGGACCUCACCUACAGGAGCAGAUACAAGAACAUGAAGCUCCCGGAUGCGUACGAGAGGCUGAUACUGGACGUCUUCUGUGGGAAUCAGAUGCACUUUGUUCGCAGUGAUGAGUUGCGGGAGUCUUGGAGGAUCUUCACCCCCUUCCUCCACCGAAUAGAGGGAGAGAAGACACGCCCAAUCCCUUACACAUAUGGAAGUCGCGGUCCAAACGAGGCGGAUGACCUUGUGAAGAGGGUGGGAUUCCGCUAUGAGGGAACAUACAAGUGGGUGAAGCCCCACACAACAUGAUUCAGACACGCACACACACACACCAACAAAUAAAGUUACUACAAUCUUU